UUUCGACCGAAACACUUCAAAAAACCAUUCGAUCUCUCUCAACAAAAAAAAAAUGCAAACAAAACUCGUCUUUAUCUCGCUUCUUCUCGUCAUUGGCGUGCCCUUAAUUUUCGCGCAACGCGGUUCCUAUGCGGGCUCCCGUUCUCAAGGCUACAAAGAUCGUUACCGUCAACCAGAAAUGCGGGUUUCCGAUAGCACGGAUCCCAUUCCCGUAAAUGCUCAUGGCGAUCGUGGCUUAGUCGACCGUAUCGCGCUCAUGCCACGAGAGAAUCAACCGUUUUGGUACAUCAACGCAAAAGCCUUGGAAGCACAACGACAAUCUCCGUUCCCCAUUUUGAAUGGCGACAACUUACAGAGCUUGGAUACUGGAGCUUCUACCAUGCAAUUUGGCUCUCACGCAUCCGGUAGAUCGCCAUUCGCUGGUUGAAAAUGUUUCGCUUCCUUAUCGUUCUUAUCAAUAAAAUACAGAAACAAAAAAAAAGACAAGAGAGUCGCGUUAAUAAUUAUUUAUUUACAAAAGAUUUUUGCUUCUGUUCUGGUUGAAUCUAGAUUCGAUUUAUGAAUAUUGAUGAAGGAGGAGGAAUGC